UCCGGCGCUGCCGCUGGUUUUUCCGCAAACUCAAGUCUGAUUCAGAUCAAACACUUGAUCCAUUAGCAUUUCCACCCUGCUCUCCAGUAUUAAUGGAAAGUGUCAAAGCCUCUGGCCAUUUGCCAGCUCCAGUCAUUAGGAAGGAGCCAAGACCCAUGGCAUUUCUGUGGCCACUCAUCUCUCCAGCCCUGCUCUCUGACCAGUUGAGGAAUAGAAGUCAGUACAAAAUAAAGAAUGAUAGCUCUUAUGAGGAAGUUCAUACAUCAGGCUGUGAAAACUGGAAUGAACUGUGAUGAUAGAUAUUUUAGUACAAAGAUUGUGCAAAAGACAGCAUUAGCACAGUUUGGGGCUAUCACUGUUUCCAAAAGAUUGCCACUGCCAGCAUAUGCUAAAGCACAUAGUACUGUUGAAAACACAGAAGACAAAAUGGACAAGAAAAAACUGUCAAAACCAACUUUUGGCAAUGUUGGGAGAAAAAUUCAUCAUCGAAUUCUUCAAGUACUUGAUGGUAAUGGGAACAGUUUGGGAACUAUGCAUCGAGCUAACGUGAUUCGUCUAAUGGAGGAACAAAACCUGAGACUUGUUUUACGGAAAGCCAAUGCAGAUCCUCCAGUGUACCAGUUAAUGACAGGAAGCCAGAUUCAUGAAGAACAGCUUCAACUAAGAGAGAAAGAAAAGGCUCAAUCGAAAACUGGACCUCCUCAGUUAAAGGAAUUAAUCUUUUCUUCAAAUAUUGCACAACAUGAUUUGAACACCAAAAUCAAACAAAUAAAACAAUGGAUUGAAAAAAAAUAUAAAGUCCAAAUUACGGUAAAGAAAGACAAAACAGCAGACCCAGAAGAUAAUAUGGAGGAGCUCUUUAAUAAAAUUCUCAAGACCAUGCCUGAACUAGCUACUUUCACAUCCAACCCCAAAACCACAAAAGGUGGAAAAGCUGCAACCUGUGUUUUUCGCCACUUGAGCAAAAAGGAAAUGGCUGAAUAUAAGAAGACUAAAGAAGAGACUGAAAAAAACAGAGAUACUCUCAAUAAGGAAAAUAGUGAUAUUACAGAAUCAAAUAUUCUGCAGCAGUGA